UUUGUUUCUCUUGUCAACUUCCACAUCGCAUCUGUUUUUUGUGGUCAAAUUGUAUUCUCGUGUUUUUAAAUGCCGUUUUGGGAGAUAUUUUUGUGAUUUAUUUAUGUACAUUUGUGAUAGAAACAUUGUGUUUUAAUAAUCGUAUAAAUUAUUCACCAUUCAUAAUGGGAAAGCCGUCGAACACACGACUAUCCGUUAGUUCAUAUAAAACGUUUUCUCAUUUGAAACUAUUGUGUUUUGUUCAUUUUCUACAAUAAAUCAACAACUAGACUACAUACCAGAAAAUAUUAGUUCGAAUUCUACUAAGUAUGCAUACAGAAAAAGUAAAGGUCAUUCAAAAAAUUGCAAAUAUUGCAAUAUUUAAUCGUGAACUGUAUUAAUAUAUGUGAAAUAAGUGUGGUUUUGUAUGAAAUCAACAGUUUUAGACCACAAUAAAUCCGUAUUCUAUCAGUUGAUUUAUUGUCUCAGAUAAAGAGUUAUUUAUAUCCAUUUUAUUUUUCAAUUGUAGUGAUAGUGUAGUUAGUCUUAGUGUUGCAUUUAAAUGUUUUUCCCCAUCAUGCCAAGAAGAAAGAAAAGUAAGAAUGCUUCAACACACUCUUUUCCAAUUAAUUCAAUAAAUUCUAAAAAGUCUGCGAACGAGUACAAAGUGAACCGACGGAAAACAAAUAAGAAUAUUAAAAAACUUUUUGAAAAACUACGCAGUGAGAGUGAUACAUCCUUAAUAUCAGUACAAUCUUCCUUUGAAAACACCACAGUCGCUCAAGAUGAUACUGUAAUAAUAUUAGAUCACAAUGACAACCAUGGAGAAAAAAGGAAAAUAAACGAAUGUAUUGUGAGCGAGUCUAAACGCCCAAGAAAUGAUAACACGAUUGUUAUAAAUGAUGAUGAUGAUGUUGACACUAAGACAUCUGAAAACACAAAUAGUCCAGCCAAAUGUAUAAACCCAAUUAAUUGCUCCACUCCCAUAGCUAAACCUUCCACAUCAAGACUUGGUGUUGUAAACGUAACUAAAGAGAUUAACGAAGAUUCAUAUUUAACCAUAGAUCUGACUACUGAUAGUGAAUUGAGGGGCGAGACUAGUAAACAGAAUACUGUUAUAGAUUUGGUUAAUAAGUCCGAUGCUCCAGAUUGUAGUAUAGUAUCAGUUAGUAAUGCAAGUUUGUCGAGUGGUGAUUCGGAUGUGACUGUGGUCAAUAUGAUGAAAAAGAAGAGUACGAAUAAAAAUAUGCGUAAGAUUGCAAACGGGAUAGCGAAGUUAAAUUCUACGGAGAAAGGACGCUUGUUGGAGCUGAUCACGAAGAAUAUAUUCAGUGGGUGUCAGUUACCUGUCACCGUAGAGAGCUCACAUAACGUUGCGGAACGCACAACCCGUGGCACGGAAACCCAAGAACAUACAUAUAUUCGGGAAGUCAUUUUAGGUGAAACGCCAUCUAGGAAUAGCAUAGGGAGUAACAUAUACAACCCGCAACGAGAAAUCAAAAACAAAUCUGGGCUACGGAUGGUCGUUAUAGACGGUAGCAAUGUGGCUAUGGAAUACACGAAAGGUAGGCAGUUUUCAGUGAAAGCGCUGAAGAUCUGCAUAGACUACUUCUUAAGGCGCGGGCAUAUCGUUAAGGCAUUUGUGCCAAGGUUCAGGUGUAAGUUCGGGAUGAGUUCAGACCCACGUCUUUUGGACGAUUUGGAGCGACAGGGCCUCGUUAUAUACACUCCGUCGAGAGACAUCAAGGGACGGCGCGUCUGCUCUUACGAUGAUAGGUACAUAGUACAAUGCGCCGCAGAGUUCGACGGCGUUAUAGUAUCCGGAGACAAUUACAGGGACUUGCAUUGUGAGAAUCCAAGAUGGCAGUACGUUAUAGAGAACAGACUCCUCCCAUUUACCUGGGUCAAUGACAUGAUCAUGUUCCCGAGAGACCCUUUGGGCAGAAACGGGCCGACGUUAGAAGAGUUCUUAAGGCACCCCACUCCUGCAAAUAUGACCUCCGAUAAUUGUCCUACAAGUUUUCUGUGAAACCUUUUGAAAACCAAAGAUUUUUAAAAUUUUAUGUUACCAAUUUUUGUUUGUAACGAAGAUUUCUUUAGUUCAAUACAAAAAAUUACGAGUUAUUAAUAAGAGGUUUAAUUUUACAUAUUCUUAAACAAUGUAAGACCCCCCUUGAGGGCGUUAUAAAUGAGAAUAAUUCCGAAAUUCCUUGCGUACGUUAAGGAAGGGCGGGACAGACAUGCUUUCUCUUUUUUUUAUUGAGAAAUAUUAAGUUUUAAUUGUAAACAUACAUUUUAUGAGAUCUACUUAACAUCAUUCUUAUCUACCUGACAAUGCAAUGUAAACCAUACAUAAAAGUUAAGUUCUUAAAAUUGGCUAUAAUUUUAUAAAUAUUCUAAUAACAUAGUUUUUGAAUUAUGUUCCGUUUGUACAAAUAAUUAUAAGAUCCGCAGAAAUUGUUUAAAACAUGAAAACUAUAAAAGAGUAGAAGUAUUUUUUUUUUGUUUUAUUUCCAUGAUUAUAAUUUAUCAAGAAUUUCAAAUUUAACAACUAAAUUAUAACGAAGAAGACUUUACCCGGCACGAUUGUUUAGUAUUUUCUUAACAAAAUUUUGAUGAUAUUUGAGAUAAUUAUUGCCAAUUUGUAUUCUUUGUGCA